AUGGCGGGUUAUAGGAGGUGUAACAUUUGUCGUAGUGAGGGGCAUUAUGUCAGGGACUGUCCUACUGUCAGGAGGACAGGUCAUCAGACUCAUCAGGCUGGGAGAGCUCAUCCGAGGGGCGGUGCCAGACCGCAGGCUUCAGGCAGGGUGUACGCAUUGGCAGCUAGCUCAAAUUUGGAAUUGGUUGUGAGAGAGUUACAGUAUGAUUUGGUUGUAGCUACUCCGACUUUGGGGUUGGUCAAGACAUCUACUUCGUGUGCUAGAUGUUCAGUGGUGGUAGAAGGGCGUCAGUUCAAGGUAAACCUCAUUUGUUUACCUUUGCAAGGAUUAGAUGUGAUCUUGGGAAUGGAUUGGUUGUCUACCAAUUGUAAUCUUAUUGACUACGUUGAGCAGAGUGGGCAGAGUUUAGAGCACUCAGUUGUGAGUGAUUUCUUGGAUGUGUUUCCUGAGGAAGUGUCGGGGUUGCCUCCUUAG